AGUGGGGCCCCCAAGCUGGCCCGUAUAAAAGGGGGCUUCAAGACAUCCGCGGAGCAUCAGUCCUCAAAUCAAGGAACGGCAGCAACCAUGAGGGCAUUCGUGAUCCUAGCGCUCGCCGCAACGGCGAUGGCGCGACCGGAAGCCGGAUACUCCUACCCUAGCCAGCCAAGCGGUAGCUACGGUGCUCCUUCCGGUGGCAUUGGAGGAGGUGGCAUUGGGGGAGGUGGAUUUGGAGGUGGCCUUGGAGGAGGUGGAGGUCACGGCGGCGGUCUCGAUGGUGGAUUCGGCGGCGGCGGCGGCGGCGGUGGUGGAUUCGGCGGUGGAUUCGGCCUCGGUGGCGGAGGUGGAUUCGGCGGUGGUGGAGGCGGCGGUGGUGGAUUCGGAGGCUUCGGCGGUGGCUCGCUCAUUCAGAAACACAUCUACGUUCACGUGCCACCCCCAGAGGCUCCCGAGGACAGACCGAUCAGGCCACUCGCGCCAUCGGCUCCGGCGCAGAAGCACUACAAGAUCAUCUUCAUCAAGGCGCCUACCCCGCCAACCCCGACCGCACCGGUGAUCCCAGCGCUGCAGCAGGAUGAGCAGAAAACGCUCAUCUACGUCUUGGUCAAGAAACCCGAGGAUGCGCCCGAAAUCAGCUUGCCCACCAUCACGCCCACUCAACCCAGCAAACCGGAAGUCUACUUUAUCAAGUACAAGACACAGAAAGAAGUUACCGGUGGUGGUGGUGGUGGUGGUGGUGGCGGCGGCAUCGGCAUCGGUCACGGUGGUGGAAUUGGCGGCGGAAUCGGCGGCGGAAUCGGUGGUGGAAUCGGCGGCGGUGGCAUUGGCGGCGGCACCGGUAUCGGCGGCACCGGACCGAGCGGACCCAGUACGAGUUACGGGGCACCCGGUGGAUCCGGGCCAUACUAGUCAAUUCACCGCUACCCCCAUCGCGGCCCCUCCGUCCUACCCCCCCGUUCAUCAACACACACGCACACACCGCUCACAUACCUCUAACAUGAUCAGCGACGACGAUACUUGCCGUAUUGACGUAUCGCUGUGUUAUAUGCGCGAUCGCCGAGAGAAGACGACAACGAUAACGAAGUUGAAGACGGCGAUGAUGAUGAUAUCGAUGUUGAAUACGAUGACGACGACGAUGAUGGCGAUUAUGAGGAGAACGAUGAUGAUAUCGAUCACGACGACGACUACCACGAUAAUGAUGACGACGAUAAUGAUGAUGAUGAUGAUGAUGAUGAUGAUGAUGAUGAUGAUGAUGAUGAUGAUGAUGAUAAUGAUGAUGCUGAUGAUGAUGAUGAUAAUGAUGAUGACGACGAUAAUGACGACGAUGAUGACGAUGAUGUUUACGACGACUAGAGCGAAGGAGAGAUGUUUUUUUAUACUUAUUUUUUGCAAGAAAACGGUGGCGAAAUAAAGCUUUUUUAUGUAUUUUUACAUAAAA